UUCCAGGUCAGCAUGGGUAUAUGAAACCCUGUUUAAAGCAAACAAACAUAGACAGACGGAAAAGGGACAACAGGCCAUGCAGCUGCAGCGUUUGCUGUUCCUUCUGAGAGCCACGAUGAGGAAAAAGAGACAGCAGCUUGCCCAGGUCACCUCCAACAUGAAGAUUCCAGCCAUGAUGUCUCUCUUCCUGGUGUCUGUGGGCCUCAGGGAUGGACUUCAGGUUCAAAGUCACUCCAUGACACAACUAGACAUCUUUUCUCAAGAAACACCCCUGGACAUGGCCCCAGCGUCCUUUGAUGACCAAUAUGUUGGCUGUGCAGCAGACAUGAUAGCGGCUCUGGCUGACCUCAACCACUCAGAGUUCCAGACCAACAAAGUGUAUGCGAAUGGUUGGGCUCUGGCCAACACCCAGUGGCAGGAGCGCAGGGCCUGGGAGUCAGCUUGGGACCUCAGCCCAACCAUUUUUCCUCCACCACCCCCGGGCUUCAGGGAUGAGCACGGAGUGGCGCUCCUGGCCUACACUGCCAACAGCCCCCUGCACAAGGAGUUCAACGCGGCUGUGCGCGAGGCCGGCCGCUCCCGGGCCCACUACCUCCACCACUUCUCCUUCAAGACCCUCCACUUCCUGCUCACCGAGGCCCUGCAGCUGCUCGGGAGCCAGCGAUCUCGUGGGUGCCGGCAGGUGUACAGGGGGGUGCAUGGCCUGCACUUCCGGCCAGCCGGGCCAGGCGCCACCGUCAGGCUGGGAGGCUUUGCUUCUGCGUCCCUCAAGAACGUUGCCGCCCAGCAAUUUGGCGAGGACACCUUCUUUGGUAUCUGGACCUGCCUCGGGGCCCCGAUUGGGGGUUACUCCUUUUUCCCUGGCGAGGAGGAGGUGCUGAUUCCCCCUUUUGAGACUUUCCAGGUGAUCAAUUCCAGCCGACCUGCCCAAGGUCCCGCACGCAUCUAUCUUCGCGCUCUGGGCAAACGAAGCACAUACAACUGCGAAUACAUCAAAGAAAAGAAGUGCAGAUCUGGGCCCUGCAGGUUGGAUAGCUCAGGGCAUGGAUGGGGAGCCAGAUUCAACGCUGAUGAGAGCCCACAAGUGUUAUACAGUAAAUGUACAGCUGACAGAUCUGCUGGACUAAUCCACGGGAGUAUACGCUUCAUUCGGAGAACCCGACUCACAAAGCUUUGGGAACGCCUGUCCUUUGGAUAGUCACUGUCGAUUCUGCAGAAAUCUUCUGAAAUUGUGAUGUUUCUCCCUUCUAUUACGGGAUUCACCCCAGAAUAUCUCAGCAGUGUAUAAAUUACUCUUUAGUUUUGUUUUUGUUUUAAAUUUAUUUAUUAUGUAUACAGUGUUCUGUCUGCAUGUAUGUCUGCAGGCUAGAAGAGGGCACCAGCUCUCAUUACAGAUGGUUGUGAGUCACCAUGUGGUUGCUGGGGAUUGAACUCAGAACCUCUGGAAGAGCAGGCAGUGCUCUUAAUCACUGAGCCAUCCCAUAAACCACUCUUUAAACCUGACUUUUUGUGUACUGGCAACUGUAUGUCUUUUCCCACACUAUGGGGCCCUGGGGUGAGAGCCUUCACUCUCUCAAACCUUUGUUCAAAUAGUAAAGUCUACAUAAAGCUAGACCCCACAAUUGUCCUUAUCGACAGAACUCACUUACAAGAAAGGAGCCCUGAGCAGGAGGCACUAAGCAGAGAGACAAAGUCUGCCCUUAGUCAUAAACAGGUCUGGGUGGCCCUGGAUUCUCUAGCAGCAGACUCAGGAAGGUGUAAUCUCCCGGCCUUUUGCUCUAACCUAACAAGUUAUUAAUAUUCUUUAUCUACCCUUCACCUUGGUUUCAAGUAACAUAAGAUCAUAGCCCAGGAAAUUAAUUGUUUAUUAUUCUAACCCUAGAGAUACAGGAAAAAGGCUUGAGUUGCUGGAUCAGCCUCAGAGAAAGAAAUUAAUUCUCACCUGGGUGAUGGCAAGCACUCUGCUGGAGCUGGAAGCCGAAUUUCCAAAGAAAUUCUCUUUAACUCAGCUAGCUAGACCUGAAGCAAAUCAAGCACUCUUUGCUUUUGUCCCAGGCCCACAGGUUACUAUAGUUACCACCACUGUGUUCCCAGACACCAGGGAAGGAAGCUAGUGUUCCAAAGGUGUAACAGCACUGUUACAUUUUCUACAAUUAUUGGUCACAAACUUCUAGCUUAACUAUUUACAUUUAAGAAAUAUAGUUGGGGGCUGGAGAGAUGGCUCAGUGGGUAAGAGCACUGUCUGCUCUUCUAGAGGUCCUGAGUUCAAUUCCCAGCAACCACAUGGUGGCUCCAAACCAUCUGUAAAGAGAUCUGGCGCCCUCCUCUGGUGUGUGGGUAUAAAUGGAGGCAGAAAGUUGUAUACAUAAUAAAUAAAUCUUUAAAAAAAAAAAGAAGAAGAAGAAGAAGAAGAAGAAAUAUAGUUGGGGCCGGGCGGUGGUGGCGCACGCCUUUUAUCCCAGCACUCGGGAGGCAGAGGCAGGUGGAUCUCUGUGAGUUUGAGGCCAACCUGAUCUACAGAGCGAGUUCCAGGCUCUAAAGCUACAGAGAAACCCUGUCUCAAAAAACAAAAACAAACAAAAGAAAUAUAGUCAGUGCAUGAAAACUU